AUGGCGAUAUGCAAAUUCUACCAGCAGGGUAAUUGCAAGUUCGGCAACAAUUGCCGGUUUGAACAUCCCGAUGCUGGAAACAAUCGAAUCCAGGGCCAGAAUCGCUUCGGCGCGCUUGCCUCCGGAGCUGGAGGUGGAGGCGGCAGCAGCAGUAGAGGACUGCAAGAUGCCCUUGCCAAGUACAGUAUCGCCACCGACAUCAUGAUCAAGGACCUCACGAGCGAUGCGCCGCAGUGGAUUCUGUCGGCCUAUGCUCCGGGGAGAAAUGCCCCGGAGCAGCUGUUUGGAGGAUACCCUCGGGAACAGAGCUUCGAAGAGAUGAGGCUGCAUUUCAUGAUGGGCAAAGCCGCAGGGAAUGAACAGCAGGCUCUUAGUCAAGCGCAGGAACUCUACCACAAUGCCCAGCAGCAAAUGCAAAACGCUGUACGGAAUAUCGAAAAAGCUGCCCGGUUCGUUGUGGACGCCGAGAACAAGCAUCCCAACCGGUUGGACGUCUGCCGAGAAGGAUCUCAGGGGGCUCCCUUUGGCGAGUUCCUGGUUGGAAGGAGACCCAGCGGUAUUGCUCAGCCGGCGCAAGCAAAUCCUUUCAGCACCAGCUCCAACACCACCACAUCACCCUUCGGCCAAGCUGCUGCCCAACCAGCGCCGAGUGCCUUUGGGCAGCCAGCAGCACUGGGACAACGACCGAAUCCCUUUGGCACACCGGCCUUUGGCCAACCGCCUCAGCCGUCGUCGGCAUUUGGACAGCAAUCAUCACAGCCAGCGGCCCCGGCGUUUGGGCAACCGUCUCAGCCGACAUCCGUCUUUGGACAAGAAUCUGCCCUUGGGGCCAAGCCGAGCCCUUUCGGAGCGCCGUCGUUUGCCCAGUCGGCUCAGCCUGCGAACUCACAACCCAGCGCGUUUGGCCAGCCCAGUCAACUUGGCGCGAAGCCGAACCCCUUUGCCUCUGGCGGCGCGGCAAGCCAAGGCUCGGGUCCGUUUGGAUCUGUGGCAACUGCCAAUAAUGCACAGGUCCCUGCGACGUCAAACCCCUUUGCGACGUCAAAUGCUAUCCAGGGCAAUGCAACGCCAAAUCCCUUUGCGGACAACACGGCCCAGCCAAGUCCGUUUGGCCAACAACCGACACAGAAUCCAAGUGCAUUCGGCCAAGCUUUAAAACCGAACCCCUUUGCCACACCCAACAACACAACAACAGAAAACCAGCAGGCGAGCAGCCCGUUUUCUCAGAACACCAAAAACCAGAUCAAUGGCAGCUUUGGAAGCAGCCAGCCCAAUCCAUUCAGCCAGGGCGCCUCGCAACGGCCGAGCCCCUUUGGAUCGGCAAGUCAGCCCCAGCAAGCCGGUGCUCCCGCGACCGGCGGCAACGGUCCAUACCCUCCCGAGAGCUCAAGGCAGCACCCCCCUCUAGAGAGCUACGCGUCCAAGAACAUGGACGGGACGCUGGCCACGUUCAAAGGCCAGCCUGUUGUUUACAGGGACGGCAAGCCGGGCAUCAGAGCGUCCUACGGAACUUGGACGCGCAUAUGGUUCCCCGGCGGCGCGCCAGCCUACUACAAGGAUACUGAACUACCUGCCGAAGCUUACGACGAUGAGUCCAAGGGCCAAUGGGCUGCGUUUGCGCAGACGGGCCGGUUUGCGGAUGGCGUGAUGCCCUCGCUGCCGCCGCCUCGGGAGUGCACGCGGUGGAACUUUUGA